AUGUCCCAAAGGAAACCUAACCGAAGACUCCUUCACCGGAUUAUUGAAGCCGCGCUGGAUCGCGAAGAACAAGGCUACCCACCAAUGUCCGCACACGCGGCAGCACAAGCCCAGGGGAUACAAAAUGGAGGAUAUGGAGGGGAGAUGCCGCCGCCAAAGCGGGUAACGACCACGCAAAUGGAAUCUCUCAUUCCAACCAACGACAAACUUCUCGUUUUCCGCGCCUUAACCGGAAUUGACAGCGUCCCCGCGCUCACACAAGCCGGUCAUCUUAUCCGCAGCGCGCCAAACGUAGGCAUCUACACGCGCGUCGUCGACAAUGAAACCAAAGCGCAGCGCGCAUACAAAAUUUUCAACUUUCUCAUCAACACCUGUCUCGGAAUCCAGGUCGUGGUCGCUGCGGCUGUCACGGCCCUCGGCGCCGCGAGCGGCCCACACUCUGCAGUCACGGCAUUCGGCGCUAUCAACACAAUUAUGGCUGGCGUUCUAACCUACCUUCGUGGUUCUGGACUUCCCGAUCGCCUGAAGAACUACCAAAAUCAAUGGAAGAAUAUUCGCGAAUACAUUGAGCAGCGCGAACGCGAGUUCUGUCUAAUCGGGUGCGAUCUCGAUGUGCAGGAAGAAGUCUUCAUUGUGGAGAGCAUGUACCAGAGUGUCAAAUCUGAGAUGGAAACGGCGAAAAGCACAGACAACAAAACGCAGCAACCUGAUGAUCCGCGUAUUCGCCGUUCCGUCUUGCCGCCUUCGCACGAGUCAGCAUAUAAAGGGCCUGUGGCUCCUGGGCGCGGGGAUACGAUGCCCCAUUCAGAUGCUGUGAGCUCGAGGCGUGAGUCCGACCCGGUCAGUCCGAUUACCACUCCUCACACUGCGUUGCAUAAGGAGAAGCAAUGGGAUGAUGAUACCCGUCGUGCGUGA